AUGAAAGUUUUAGAGAAUCCAUUUAGGUGGUAUUAUGACAAGGAACUGGCCAACUGUUUCGAAUAUUUCUACGAGGGAUGUGGUGGAGGACGAAAUACUUUCUACGACGACACAUCCUGCCGCAGAAUUUGUAUACCAGCUGAUAAGCAAAAAUGUGGUGGAAAUGCUAAGCCUAUGGGUACAUGCUCAGAAACCGAUAAGAAUUGUCCAGCUGGUAGCAAAUGCGAGAUGGGAUCGAUAAGAGCUGGACUUUGUUGCGAUAUUAAGAAUGAAGAAGAAUGGGAAAAGGAGCGAAAUCCAAAAUGCAAAAGUGGAACCCUGCUGAUGAAGAAAGAAUGGUACGGUGAUACGGUGCAUCUCGGAAGAAGCUGUUCACACAAAUUCUGCCCCAAGGAUUACAAAUGCAUUCAAACGAAACGUCUGGCACAUUGUUGCAGUGGACGUUGA